AUGUCUACCCGUCUUCUGCUUCCAGACUUCGUCAACAAUAACCAGGCGUUCAUUGUACAACACAAAUUUACACGGAGCAAAAGUUAUUACAUCGACGACGAUGGGCAAGCGAAAGCGGAUCCGAAGCAGCUUCGAUGGAGUCCGGAGGAUCCUGAGGUAAUGGAGCUUGCGUUGAAAUCCGGUGUCUACAUAAAAAUCGCGGAUCUCGUGAACGUAUUCCAUCGGUCGAAGAAUGCGGUCUCUGCCGCCAGGAGGCUGUUGGUGUGCGUUUUCAAUGAUCAGACUCUCAUGGAACGGAGCGUCAAGGGAUCUCCAGAUAGACCUGGCCUCUGCCCAAUCACACAUCAAGCCAUACUCGACUGUGUCGAUCAAAUCAGUCAUCUCAAACCGGGGGACUGGGCUGCUGACGAAACGAUGAUAAACCGGUCACUCAUUGUUCGCCUCUGCGAGUUGCGCUCCAAGCGGACCGCGAAAAUCUACGUGACAUCGCAGACGAGUCCGCUCGCGUUCGAAUCCUACUUACCGAUGAACAGCAUCGACUUCGCUUGAAAGUACAU